CGCAGAGUGCAGAAAUCCCUCCCCCCUCUCAGCAUCCAUAAAAAAAAAAGUUUCCUUCCACGGCGUCAUUGAGGGGCGGAACCUACAGUGCUUCACAGAAGCUACAGAAGCCUGUCCUAAACUCCGCCCUCCCCUCCCCGUGACUGGAGUUUAGUGUAGUGCGGGGAGGGAGGGGGAGCCAGUAAACAAACUGAAAGCAUGGCUCCAACUGCUGCCUAACCUGGCCUGGAUUUCCUGCAUGAUCUCAUGAACUGUUUUCUCACCUAAGAGCCUCCACCAAGUGAGUUUAGUCAACAAACGCCUGGAGAACCUGAAUAUUUAGUGCAUCCCUGGAAUGACAAAAAUUUGUCAAGACAAAGAAGCUGUGGGUAAAACAUGUCUACUCAUCAGUUACACAACCAAUGCCUUCCCUGGGGAAUACAUCCCGACUGUAUUCGACAAUUAUUCAGCUAAUGUGAUGGUUGACAGUAAACCAGUAAACUUGGGCUUGUGGGAUACAGCUGGCCAGGAGGACUAUGAUCGACUGAGGCCUCUUUCAUAUCCUCAGACAGAUGUGUUCCUGAUUUGUUUUUCUCUGGUGAGUCCGGCAUCUUACGAGAACGUUCGUGCUAAGUGGUACCCAGAAGUGAGACAUCACUGUCCCAGCACACCAAUUAUUCUUGUUGGAACCAAGCUGGAUCUGCGGGAUGACAAAGAAACCAUUGAGAAACUUAAGGAGAAGAAAUUGUCCCCGAUCUCUUACCCACAGGGUUUGGCUCUGGCAAAAGAGAUUGAGGCAGUCAAAUACUUGGAGUGCUCUGCCUUGACGCAACGUGGCCUAAAGACGGUAUUUGAUGAGGCUAUCCGAGCUGUGUUACAUCCCCCACCUUCGAGGCCCAACAAAUCCAAAUGUGUGGUGCUUUAAGGUUAAAUUGGGGGUAUUGCCGCUAAAGAUAACAUUACUGGAUUCCUCCUCAGUCAGUUCCAGAAGACACUCAUACACUGUGGACCUGCUGCCCUGAUGUUUACAACUCAAUCGUCCUUCUUACACCAUAUACAUGCACCCACUAUAUACCCAUUUGCUUUGUCACAUUAUCCCCCACUCCUAUUUAGCUUUAAUGUGUUUGUUUGUACUAAAUAUUGCUGUUAUUCUGUUCCAAACAGAAAUAAAUAUUUUAUUAUUUUCUCUGA